CCGCGCGCUCCCGCCGGGGCGCUGCCGGGGAGCGGAGUGGGGACCCUCGGGGAGCGCAAGCCGCCUCUCGCCGCGCCCCACCCGAGAAAGGCAGGAUGCCCCAGACCGUGGUGCUCCCGGGCCCUGCGCCCUGGGGCUUCAGGCUCUCGGGGGGCAUAGACUUCAACCAGCCUCUGGUCAUCACUAGGAUCACUCCGGGAAGCAAGGCAGCAGCUGCUAACCUGUGUCCCGGAGACGUCAUCCUGGCCAUUGAUGGCUUUGGUACAGAGUCCAUGACUCAUGCGGAUGCACAGGACAGGAUUAAAGCAGCCGCACACCAGCUGUGUCUGAAAAUUGACAGGGCAGAAACUCGCUUAUGGUCUCCACAGGUGUCUGAAGAUGGGAAAGCGCAUCCUUUCAAAAUCAACUUAGAGUCAGAACCACAGGACGUGAACUACUUUGAACACAAGCACAAUAUUCGGCCCAAACCUUUCAUAAUCCCAGGCCGAAGCAGUGGAUGCAGCACGCCCUCCGGUGUUGACGGUGGCAGUGGACGUAGCACCCCUUCUUCAGUCAGUACUCUUAGUACAAUUUGCCCAGGUGACUUGAAAGUUGCGGCUAAGAUGGCCCCUAACAUUCCUUUGGAAAUGGAACUUCCCGGUGUGAAGAUUGUACAUGCUCAGUUUAAUACACCUAUGCAGUUGUACUCAGAUGACAAUAUUAUGGAAACACUUCAGGGUCAGGUUUCAACAGCUCUAGGGGAAACACCCUCAAUGAGUGAACCUGUGGCCUCAGUACCGCCCCAGUCGGAUGUAUACCGCAUGCUCCAUGACAAUCGGGACGAACCCACUCAGCCUCGCCAGUCGGGCUCCUUCAGGGUGCUCCAGGAGCUGGUGAACGAUGAUGACCGGCCUGCCGGGACCCGCAGUGUCCGGGCCCCAGUAACCAAAGUCCACGGUGGAGCUGGAGGAGCUCAGCGGAUGCCGCUCUGUGACAAAUGUGGAAGUGGCAUUGUUGGUGCUGUCGUGAAGGCGCGGGAUAAGUACCGGCAUCCUGAGUGUUUCGUGUGUGCUGACUGCAACCUCAACCUCAAGCAAAAGGGCUACUUCUUCGUGGAGGGGGAGCUGUACUGUGAAACCCACGCGAGAGCCCGCACGAGGCCCCCGGAGGGCUAUGACACAGUCACCCUGUACCCCAAAGCCUAGGUCCUCUGCAGGAGGAAGCAUGCGCAUGUGCACACGCACGCACACAAACACACACACACACACACAUGCGUGUUUACACGAGGAAGGUGUGAAUGGCCCCAACGGGGGACUGGUGGACUGUGGGCUCCAACUCUACAGCCCUGGCCUUUAGACAUUGAUUUAUAAGACUGUGCACUGCGGAAAGGAAGGGGGAGGUAAACGGGUGCUCUCUGAUGAAAACGUGUGUAGCUAUAUUGCAAUUCUUUUUAUCUUUGACGAUAGCAAUAAUGACACUUAAAGCAAUAAUUUCUGUAUGUCAUAGGCCACAAUUUACAUUUGUAGUGUGAUCCCCCAGCGUGUAAACAUCAAGAUAUUAGGGGAGGUCCAUUGUCUUUCCUUGACAAAUCGACUUUUACAGUUGUAGAAAUACUGUACCAAAUACCAGUCGUGUAUUCUAACAUUCUCUGUGUCAUUUUAACUAUUGUAGUGCAUGGCAGGGAGAAAUUCUCAGGCUUUCUCUCAGGCUCUGAUUCAAGCAACUGUAUGCAAAAAAAAACCCAUAAUAAAUACAUAAAGCAUUUUUAAAGUA